AUGUUGCAACAAGCGAUGGAUGCCGUGGUUGGAAGAAGGCUUGAGGAGAUCGUGGAGGUGUCUGCCAGCUCCAAGCCACUGGGCUCAGGGCCAGCGCCUCGAAGCUGCGAAGAUCCUGAAGUCAAUGUGCAGUUAGACUGGACUGGCUCUCUCCACUCCAGCAUGAUGAUCACACUCUUGCACCGCGCCAGCACUGUCAGAAGACCAGAGACUGAGCUCAGGGCUUUUGGGACAGUGUGGCGUGGCCGGUACUUGGCAAUGGAGGGCCUGAACAAUGGCGACACCGCCUGGAUGGCCAUGUCCUGCGCGUUGGUGCUCUUCAUGACGCCAGGCUUGGCAUUUUUCUACGGCGGACUGGUACGCGAUAGUAAUAUCGUCAACACCAUGAUGAUGAGCAUAAUCUCCAUGGGCUUGACGACCCUUACCUGGCUGAUCUUCGGCUUCACCUGGAGCUUCGAUGAAUGGGGGGCAGGCAAGGGCUUCACGUACGUGGGCUUCCGGAACCUCGACACUGUUUGGCCCGACACCACGAUGCCAGGCAUGACCUUCGCCGUUUUUCAGAUGACGUUUGCUAUCAUCGCGGCAGCAAUCAUUUCCGGUGCAGUGGUGGAGCGCAUCCGCUUCUCUGCUUAUGCCAUUUUCAUUGUCGUCUGGGUACUGGCAGUUUAUGUGCCGUUGUGCCAUUGGAUUUGGGGCGGUGGCUGGAUCGCUGAGAUGGGUGCCAAGGACUUUGCCGGAGGAACUGUCGUCCACAUCAGCUCCGGCACCUCAGCCAUCGCACUGGCAUCCCUCUUGGGCGAGCGCAAGCACAGGGCAGAGAGCUUCCCGUCGAAUUUGCCCUUCGUGAUUUUGGGUGGCGGGAUCCUGUGGCUGGGAUGGACGGGAUUCAACGGUGGUUCAGCUUUUGCCGCCAACGGAGACUGCGCCCUCGCCAUCGCCACUACCUACGUUGCAGCCGCUGCAGCAAUGGUCAUGUGGAUCACCGUGGAGCGUAUCCUGGACGGAGCCCCGACCUCGAUUGGUGCCAUGUCCGGUGCAGUCGCUGGACUUGUGAACAUCACUCCUUGUGCCGGCUUCGUGGAGCCUCUGGGUGCUCUGGGCGUGGGUGCUAUCGGUGCGUUGUGCUGUGUGUUUGCAGCUCGUGGACUGAAGAAGCUGAACCUUGUGGAUGAUUCUCUCGACUGUUUCAGCCUCCACGGUGUUGGUGGCUUCGCCGGCGCCAUCUUGGGCGGGUUCUUUGACCUGGAAGAUGGGAUUAUUUACGGCGGAGAUGGCCUGCUGCUGGCCAAGAACCUUGCCGGCGCCGCCUUUGGUGUGGUCUACUCCGCAGCUGUUACGGCAGUGAUCUUCUUCAUCAUGCGUGUGGCCAUGCGCAUGAGGGUCAGCGAAGAGCAGGAGCUGGAAGGCGUGGACCUGCACUGCCACUCUGAGGUUGCCUACGGCAAGAACGAGAACUCGGGCAAGCCCAACGGCUUCGGCGAGCACUCCCAGCGUUUCAAGCCAGAGGCCCAGGCCCCAACACUCCUGACGAGCUCUCCUUCCGCGUCCGCGGAGAAGCCGACAGAGGCCGUCGCAGUGAAAUCCCUCGACAAGGCCAAGAUGAAGCAGAUGAAGGUCCCAGACACGCUGGUCACCUCUGAGGUCGAGUUCAUGCGUGAGUGUAAAGACCAGCCUUGGUUCGUCCAGUUGUACGACUUUUUGGACACAAGCCACAAGUUCUACCUGCUGCUUGAGCUGUGUGAUGGAGGGAACAUGGAGGAUGCCGCAAGGAGCCUGGAUGGUGGCCUCAGUGAAGUCCGCUGUGCGGCUUUCAUCAAGCAGCUUCUGUCUGGCAUCGCCUUUCUCCACUCGCGCAUGAUCUGCCAUCGAGACAUCAAGCCUCAGAAUGCCAUGCUUCGAGGUCAGGUCCGGGACCCCAACUCCCGGCUGCGGCUCGGGGAUUUCGGAAUCGCCGUGCGGCUGAGCUCCGGGCAGCUCCUUACGGAGAAGCUGGGCACGCCAGCUUUCAUGGCUCCAGAGAUGCACAUGCUGCCAAAGUCCAGCGGCUAUGAUGGCAAGGUGGAUCUUUGGGCAGCAGGGACCUUCAUGGUCUUCCUCUUGUCCCUCGAGUACCCGUUUGUGGAUGCGAGCGGUAGGCUUCUCAAGAACGACCUGCUCAGAGGAGACCUGCCUCUCUGGGAAGGUAACGCCUUCCAAAGCCUGUUUCGGAACGUUCAGGAAGCUGCUGGCCUUCGUCGCAAAAGGCCAUCUCCCAUAGCACGGGACUUGGUGCGGCGCCUCCUCCGGCCGAAGAGGAGUGUCCGUCUUGAAGCUGAGGAUGCCCUGAAGCAUCCUUGGUUCAGGGCGCCUCAGCGCGAGGCCGCUCCCGAUGAGCAGGAGGACGAUUCUUACGAUCCUCUCCUGCAGUGGUCCGACUUUGAGGACGGCUUCGCCGCUAUCUCCCGGGAGUUUCAGAAAGCGGCACAGGAGAUGGUGCAGGCAGUGGAGAAAAUCCAGAUUGGCAUUGACGUCGAGCCUCAAAUCCACUUGGAUCUGAAGGAUGACAGGAUGCGAAAUUGCGUCGUGUGUUACCAUAGCUCUGGGCACUUCGGCUUUUUUUGCAACCAGUGCUAUCACAGCGUGUGCAUCGGCUGUUUGGUGAAGCUCCCAAAGCCGGAGUGCCCGCACUGCCGCAAGCCCGCCUCAGACGUGGCAGCUGCACAGCACCUGGCAAAAGUUGCCGAGAACUUUGAUGCACAGGCUGCCCUUCAAGUCGCCAUGCAGGUUGGCGCAGAAGUCGCGGACAAUCUGGACAAGGUUGGAUCUGGCGCGGUGCUUGAUCUCAGCUUGCCAAGGCAUGCUACAGAGGACGAGCGCAAGCGCAGCGGCGUCUGCUGUCUUUGCAAAGAGCCAGCAUCCGCCACCAACCACGUAUGCCCAGCUUGCCACGCCAGCAUCUGCUAUCCCUGCGCUCGCACGGAGCUUUCAGAGCGGCGCUGUCCCGCUUGUGGCGAUGUUGAGAAGAACGCCGAACCCUUGCGCCACUACCUGGCAGCUGCAGAGGCCUGGGAUGCAGCCAUGGGUCUUGCAAAUCGCGCGGGCGAGGCUCUGAACGAGGUCGAGGCAUUCGCUACACGCGCGUUUUCCAGCGACAACUCGCCUCUCGUCUUGCGUGGCGAUGAACAGGUGGCAUUGCGCCGUGCAGUUACAAGCCAGGCACAGCUUCAGCUGUCGCAUUGCUGCUUCCAGUGCGGCGCGCCGAGCUCUUCUUUCGACCUAGCCUGCACGAAAUGCUCUGCGGCUCUUUGCUCAGCAUGUGUGGGCCGGCUGCUCAGGCCUUGUGAAUUUUGCUUAGCAAUCACAACAGUCGUGUAA